CCCUCCCUCCACAACGAAACAAAUCUGCUUCCCCUGUUUCUCUUCCCCCUCCCUUCGCCUCUCCUUCCAUCGCUCGCUCCCCCCGCUCCCCCUCCGCGCCGCCCAACCUCGAAAUCCAUUUCCGCCAUGCCGAAGGGCGCCAAGAAGCGCGCCAAGCUCAAGCAGCAGCAGCAGCAGGGCCACCCCGACGAUGGCGGCAACAACACCCACAACGGCAACGGCAGCAGCGACAACAACACCUCGAGCCGGCGCGACGGCGACCGCCACCACCUGCGAAUCCCACCCAACGUUCCUCACGUGGAUGUGAGCGAGGAUUCGAUGGAGAGUUCCGAGGAGAUGGUGACGCCCAGGGCCGCCGCGUCGGAGGCGGACGAGGAGGAGAGGAAGGCUACGUCCGAGGUGACCGUGGAGCGCGCCGUCGAGGUAAUCGAGGAAGAUGGCGCGGGGGCGGGUGAGGCUGGUGAGGAGGUCAUGGUGGACGCGUUGCCGCCGGAAACCGGUAGGCAUGAACGUGACGGUAAGGUGUAUGCGGAGGUGGAGGUGCACGCUGUUGUGCAGGAACCGGAGGUGAAGGAUGUGGUGGUGGCCGAGGCACCCUCGGUGCAGGAACCGGAGGUGGCUGAGUCACCUGUGGUGUUGGUACCAGAGGUCGAGGAGGUGGUGGCUGCCAGGGAGACUCCUGUGGCACCAUUGGAGCAUGAACCAGAGGUAAAAGGUGAUGUUGCCGCGGUCGUGGAGACAGUUUCGGCACCUCCGGUGCAGGAACCAGAGACGAAGGGUCGCAAUGUGGUGGUCAAGGACUCUGCUGAGGUGUCACGGUCUCGGGAGGCUGUUGAUGUGCAUACUACAGAGGUGGUGCGGGGACCUGCAGUGGCAGUGGCCGCUUUGGGGCAGCGGGCAACAUGGUGGAAUUGCUGCGGGCUUUUUGAUGCAUUUUCUGGUUCAGAGAGAUAGAUAAAGGGUUGGAACUUCGGAAGUCAAGAAGACAGAAGAUUCAAUGUUGUUCUGUUCAAAGCUGAUGGGCAGUUGUAACUAGGCUGGUUGGAUCGUCACAUGAAUCAUGAAGCUGAAGGAUCUUGAAUUACAUCGAGCUGAUGUUUCUCCCUGGCCUAUGUUUCUAAGUCUCUGAAAGUUACAUCCUCUUGGUUGUGGUUAAUAUUCUUGAUUUUCUUAGUACUCCAAAGUCCGAACACAUCCCCCCUUGUCUAGUGUCAUCUAGGUCCUGUCCUUGUAGCAUAAGAGUUAAGUGAGUCGACAGUAAAAAAGAAAUUUUGUUCUUUCUGCUUUUAUAUUUAUUUUUUGGGGUGUCAUCUGCUAUGCUCCUUUCUCACGGUUGUCACCUUGUAAGGAGUAUAUUGUAGUAUUGUUCAAACAAUUUGAGAUGUUCUUUGCAGCUUUAGCCCGUGAUAACUUGUGGAAUGUCAGUCAGAUUGCUCAUUAUAAAAUAAAAAACCUGAGAUGCCCACCAGAGCGUUCCACGA